AUCUCUAACGUCGAAGUUUCUAGAUACGAGCUCCGGGCAUAAGUCAAGGAGAAUACGAGUUCAGUAGCGUUCUCUCCUCUCUCUUCUCUGUCUCCCUGUGGCUGCGAAACAGGAAUCUCUCUUCUCUAAUCAGAUCGAUUUUCUUUUAGUAGCUUUCAAUUUAGGGUUUUCCUAAUCACCGAAAUCACAACCUAUGGUUUUUGGUUUUGAAAAAAUUUCCCAAUUUGUGUGGGGUCUAUUUGGCUGGUGCUUGAGAUUCGAAUGGUGCUUCUUUUUUUUUAUCGAUUUAUUUAUUUCUUAGUUUGACUGGAUCUAUGUAUUUUUGUGGUGUAGUUGGUCUAGACUUCCAGUGUUUCUACUUAAUGUGUUGUUUGGAGAGUGGUAAUGUUUUAUGCCUUCAUAUCGAAUUUUGGAGUUCAAGAUUCCAUGACUUAUGUCAGAGGAACUUUAAUGGGAAACCCACGCUAAAUCUGAAUAUUUUCCCCACUUAUUGAAGAGCUUUAGAUUGAUUCCCCUAGGUUUACUGGUGAAUGUAGUUCAGCUUAUUUGGGGAUAUGCUAGGCGAGGAAAAAAAUUCUUUGACAAAAUCUUGGCCUUGGAGUUGGAGACUUGUUUUUCAUUUUUUCUUUGGUUUAUGCUAUUUUACCUAUCUUUUUCCAUAGAGUUUCUUGAUGUGGAUCUGUUCUUCUCAUAAACGUCGUGUUUGAACUAUUGCAGAUUUUUGUGUGUAGUGUGUUCUUGGCGUGGGGCUUUCAUAAAUUAGCAAUUUGAAGGCAGUUUCGGUUUGGUCUUUACAGUCUUCUUGCAAAAGAUGUACUUCUGGUCAUCUUCAUGCCAAAAUGCAGGUUUUGAGUUGCUUUUUCCUGCAAAUGGACUGCAAGAAGUUCAUCCAGUUGGUCGAGGAGAAAAAGAAGAGGGUUUUGGAGAAGAAAGAAGCACCCUUGAAAUGGGAGCAGAAGCUCGAAGCUGCCGCAAAGGCAAAAGCUGAUGCUGAAGCCAAGGAGAAGAAGCUCAAGACUGCAAAGCACAAAAGGAGGUCUUUGUCACGGUCUGAUAAUGAUAGUGAGAGUGACAGCAGUGAGAAUGGCAGAAGGACCACCAAGAGGACCCACAAAAAGCACAAGAAACAUGGUCAUGACGAGAAGAGGAAGGAGAGGAAGUCCAAGAGGAAACCAAAGGGACGAUCCUCAGGAUCUAGUCAUGAUGAUAGUAGUGAUGAAUAUGACAGCGACUUGCAAGAAGAGAGGAGAAAGAAGCUUGUCCACAGGAAGCUUAGGCGUCAUGAUUCAAGUUCAGAUUCUUCCAGCGAUGAUGGUGCAGCAAGAAGAAGUCAUUCAAAACAUCAAAAUCAUCAUCGGCGGUCUCAUUCUAGUGACUCAGAUUCUUUAAUUGACGAGGAUUACAAUGCAAUGAAGAGGAGAAGCCAUGCAAAGCAUCACAAUCAUCAAAGGCGUUCGGAAUCUGAUGAAUCAGAUUUUAGUGAUGAGAACAGUAAUCCUAUCAAAAGGAAAAGUCAUGCAAGAAAGCACCACAAAAGUCAUCUUCGAUCUCAUAGUCAUCAUGACCUGAAGACUUCAGAUUCUGAUGACCGAUGGGGGAAUCGUAGGAGCCGAUCUCUGGGAAAAUCAUCUGAUGACAAUAAUGAAGAAUUGGGUAGAAGGGCAAAGCACAAAAGCAGUCAUCACCACCACCACAGUCAUCACAAGCAAAAGUCAGAUGAGCCGGAGUGGGCAAAUGAUCAACCUCAGCAAGAAACUGAUCCGAAUGGAAAGCAGACAGAAGAUGCACCCAAGGAAGCGAACCAGGAGAACGGUGGUUCUCAUGAUCCCCAACAUGGUUAGGGCCAAAAACAUUUGAUUUUUAUAUUCAGGGAUUUACUUCAGAUCUGCUGUGUUCUGUUCUUGGUCUAUAUGAUUUCUUUGAACUUUAACAGUGACAUUGUUCCAUUAAUUGACCUUGAAAUGUGUGACCGUCUCUUUGAAACUCCAAUUAUAUUGAUGGUGUGAUAUCGGGAUCUGGGAUCUGUUUUCCAA